CUUGUUUGUGGCACAAACCUAGCCUCUCUGUAGCCACACUGGGCAAAUGAUUUACGUCAUUGAAAAGGAAGUCUCUAAGUCCUUGUGCUCUUCCUCCGUGUGCCUUAGUUACGAUGAGCCGUCUACUGGUCCUCAUUUCUUGCUUCCAAGUUGUACUAGCUGAACCCUAUGCGGUCAUCAGUGGAUACCUUGGGGACAACGUUACCUUGCCCUCCAGAGCAGACCGAUCGUGGCAUCUUUCCAAAAUUGAGUGGUCGGUAUUCACCAACAACACUUGGAUUGCCACCUAUCGCAAUGGGAAGACAAACAUUGAGCGUAUCAGUCAGUUUAAAGGGAGACUCAGUCUCAAUAUCACUUCAGGAGACUUGAUGAUCCAUGGACUAACCAAAGAAGAUUGCAUGGAAUACACUGUGGACCUCAUCAAUACAGAGAAAACCAGCACCGUAAACAAGCUCAGGCUCCAAGUCAAAGAACACCUUCAGAAACCGACCAUAACAACACUCUUCAGCACGCCUGAAAAAGGAGGCUGUUGGAUGGGGCUGCACUGCUCUUCUCCAGAUAGAGGUGUUAACUUCUCCUGGCAGGUUAUACCUGACACCAGGGCUGCCUUCAGUAUGUGGGAUCCUAGUGGAAACCAUGGAGUUUUUCUAGCAUUCCUCAACACCACCUCAAAGCUCAACUUCACCUGCACCUCCAGCAGAACUAUGGAGAGCACCUCAAGUACUGUCACUCCACAGUGUAAUGCAGGUGACAAGCCAGAACCGCAGCUUGAUUGCAGGGACAGAUGUGGUCUCUGUUUUUUACUUGGAGGUGUCAUAAUGGGAACUUGCAUAAUAAUAGUUUACAUUUUCAGAGAAGAAAUCAAAGCUGCAUGGAAAUACCUUAGUGACAAAUUUUGUCCGUCCACAAUUCCAUCAUAAUCUAAAGGAAAUGACCAAGUUUCUCCAUCCUUCCUGCAGUUGGCUUCUAUAAAAGACAAGUGAAAAGACGAUAGAGUGAUGACAACUAUAUCUGUGAUGAGAAAAUUGGAGGUGUAUUUAUUUAUGAACCCAAUAAUGUAUGUAUCGUGUACAUUUUUGACGUUUGUUUGUUUGUCCAUUCUUCUGUUGCGCUCUUGUUUUUCCAUUUCUCUAGUUGUGAUAUUUAGUGGAACUGUCUUUUCUUCCUUACAUUUUCUGU